AUGUUAUGGUUACUCGUUCAUGUUACAAUCUGUGUUUCUUUUCUUGGAUCUGCAUUAUCCUCAAUCUUUCCCAAUAAGCUUCCUAAACUUCGAAAUGCUUCAUCCGUUGGGCAUUUGCUAUUAGGCAUAUGUUUAUUUCUAGUACCAGCGGAAUUUCUUUCAAUUACGGUGCAAGGAAAGUUUAACACUCUUCACGCUUUUUUGCAAGCUUAUUCUGCGCCGUUCCAUCUGGGUCUCGGAUAUUUCAUCCUAUCUUCUACUGCACUACCGAAGCAGAAACCGUUCGUGUUCGCCCAAGCAUUCUGUGCAUUUAUGUCGCUGUUCACAAGACUACUUGCUGCCUGGCAUCUUACUGAGAAAUCCACUCGUGGAUUGCUGAUCUCGGACCACUUCAUUAUUUGUUCAUUUUUUACUGAUGGAUCAUGGCUAAUCUACGAGUUGGUCAGUCUUUUCACUAUUAAAAGGACUAAGCAGGAAGAAAUUGAUGAGAUGUGCAAAAGAACUACUCUUUGGUUGGAGGGAAAAGGAUCCUUUUAUCUGGAAAAUGCGUUUUACAUCGAUGCAGCGUUAUGCCUUCUCACCGCUUUCGUUCAUUUUGCUUUUCCUCAACACAUUCUUAAACUUGUGAUAACUUCACAAUACACUCUGGACUCACAUCAUAUAAUGUGGUGUCGAAUGUAUGGAUGUCUAAGCCUCUUACCAGCACUUUGUUCGCUCUCAGUUCGAUAUCUACGGCCACAAGUUCAAAUUUACUAUCUGGGAAAUCGGCUAGUUGCACAAGUUAUGGUGUUCGUUCUGAAUGUAUUUGGUCAUUGGGCUCUCUCAAUCUACUCGCCGAAUCAUAUCUCAGGAUUUAUGAUAUCUGGAUUUUUUAUGUCAUUCCUAUUCUCGUCGUUCUACCGAGCAAACUCCUAUUAUAAGGAACUUCCGGAAUCUCUGCGUCUGAAGCCCAAGAGCUCGUAG